UACCCGAAGUUAGGAAUGGAGUCUGCUGUGGUUUUGACAACUGUAAUGAAAGGAGUUGCAGAUGCACUUCGAUUAGAUGGUGAUGGAAACAGACCGAAGGAAGCCUAUGUCAAAUAUCUUGAAUGCAUCUUUCGCAUUGCCACAAAAUUACUACAGAAUGUCAAGAGUGAUGGUGGGCAGGUUCAUAUCACCAAGGAAGUGGUGCGACUUGUUCGUCUUGGCAGCCAAUCAAUGGAAAGGAUGGUUGCAAUUAUCAACCAGUUCACAUCAGGCCUAUCACCAAAUCAACAAAAUCCAUCAGUGAGAUCUGAACGGCCAUUUUUACGACCUGAAUCCAAGUCUGCCCCAGCAACACCUGUUACCCAGACAUGUUUGGAUUUCAGCACUCAGGAUAGCCGAUUUAGACUUCCUUCUGUAACUUCACCUCUCCCAGUCAUUACCACUUCUCAAUCUAAACAGAAGACACUAACGCCAUCAGAAAUAGCUAUGAUGAAGAACCAUCAACUUAUGAUUGCCUACAAGACAAGGAUGGGUGGUCUGGGAACGCGGAAGUCUGCUGCAGCCAGUUUGAGUUUGACAUUACAAAGGAAGAUAGCUGAAAACUUGGCAAUUGCAAAGGCCCAAGAAGAAGCACUCGCAAAGAAAAUCCAGGAGCGACAACACAGAUUGGAGGAACAAGCAGCUAAAAAAUUUAACAGUGUUGAUGGAAUGUCUGAAGAAGAAGAACAGAAGAAAGAAAUUUACAAGAAGGUUCUGGAAUAUGAACAAGAUACGAGUUGGUUGACCGAUUUGAGACAGAAACUGGAAGAAAACCCAGAUGAUGCUCAGCUCAUGCAGGAACUGAUUCUUGGUAUCCUAAAGUGCUCUGACCAUCCUCUUUCUCAGCAACUCAAACUUUACCAGUUCAAGGUUUAUGAGAAGAUUCAUCCACUUGUCUCUAAAAGGAUUGAGGAUCUGUCGGAAAUAAAAGUUCCCCUCUCUGUCAGUCUGUUCCCCGCAGGGGUCGCAGAAACAUGGGAUGAUUCCGAGGGGUGUGAGGCAGACUCUGACAGUGAUUCCAUGGAGGAUGAAGACGAUGUGGAUGAUCAGACAGAUGUUUUUGAAAACGAUGAACAGAGUGUAACUGUGAAUGAAAAUGAAGCACUAGACGUGAUUGACGGUGAGAAUGAUAUUGAGGAUAAAGUGACUAAUGAUAGUGAAGAAGGGGGUAGUAUUAUAGUAAAGGAUAUUGAGGAUGUUUCUUCCUGUGUAAAAAAGGAUUUAGAAAUAGCUAUAGAAAAAGGAGAAUCAUUAAAAACACGAUUGAAACAUGAAUACCAGGAAGAAAAGAAAAUCCUCAGACAAGUGUCCAAUGAUAUUGAGAAAUACAGUUUAGAAAAUAUGGAUGAUUUAUUUGAUGAUGAUGAUGAUGAUGAUGAUGAUGAUGUUAAUGAUGAUGAUAAAGAUGUUAACAGUGAGGAAACAGAAAACAGUUCUAAUGAUAAAUGGUUACCUCCUCCAUAUUCAUCGUCGUUGGCACCAAGUGAAAGCAAUGAUUCCAAUCAACUGGAGGAUACCAUACAGCAUUCUGACUUAUCAGACUCGGGUGAAAAGUUAAGUGAUGCGCAGACUUCUAAACCAUCAAAUGAAAAGUCAUGUGACACAUCAGCUGACCGACGACAUUCUUCCCGUAACAAAUUGGUCCAUCGCCCGCGUGUAGAACAUGUACAAGCAAUGGACAAACAACUUGCACAAAUAAAGAAUGAGGCAUACCAUCGUCACCUAAAGGGUAUAAGCCAAGAUGUACAGAUUUAUCUGGAGAAAAUACAGGCCCUUUUUACCAUGACCUAUGAACAGUUGGAUUCCCCGGCAGGCCAAGACCAGUGCUAUGCCUGUUUGGAGAAACCAUUCUUUCAGCCAAUCUGGCAGUACCUGAUGGCAUUAUACAGACUGGCCAAUGAGCCAAAGGAGAGAGCUGUGGCCUAUGUGAUGACCCGGCAUCAACACAGCGGUCCGAAGGAUUUUAAUGUCAGCAAGAAGCUACGUCUGGACCAAGGGACCAGUGAUCAGGAAAACAAUUAUCCCUACCAUCCGGCAGUGGCACAGUUACAGGCUAUCACUACACAGUGUACAUUACUGGACAAACUGGAGUGUCUAGUGCGGUCAUCACGGCUGAUCUGUCAGUGUGUCGAGGACCACUACAAAGGGGAGGGCAAGGUGCCAUCUGUGGGAGCAGAUGACCUCUUGCCCAUCCUAUGUUACGUAAUCGUCAAGGCCGCCCAGCCACAGAUUGUCUCCGAGUGUCACAUCAUGGAGGAAUUCAUACAUGAGGGAUACAUAAUGGGAGAAGAAGGUUACUGCUUGACAUCACUGCAAACAGCACUGGCCUACCUCACCUCUCUAGGAAUAGUGGACCAGUCAUAAGACUUGUUUCAAUUCCCUAAGAAUAAUGUACCAGUCAUAGGACCCACCUCACCUCUCUAGGAAAAGUGGAACAGUCAUAGGAACUACCUCACCUCCUGCAGGAUAGUGGACCAGUCCAAAGAUCUAUCACACCUUCCAAGAAAUAGUGGACUAGUCAUAGGCCAGGUUUAGACCUACUUCACAUUACUUAGGCAUGGUAGAUCAGAGAUGUAUUUUAGUUAUUUAACUGUUCAAUUACUUUGGCCUGAAACGGUCUUGUGAUCCAAAUGUCUCCAGUUAUGCAGCUUAUCACACCAUUUCUAAAGCCUACAUCACCUCUGAUGGCAAAGUGGACUAGUUGGGCAAUCAGCAGCAUGUUUUUGAUGAGAAACAAAAGUCUGAGAAAUAUACCACUUCUUAAAAUAUAUGCAUACACUUUCUGUUGGUAAUGGAUGAGACUAGGUCUCUCUGAAAUGGACUGUUUCAUAACUGUUAAAUGUUAUAUUCAUGUAUCUGUAACUUCAACCUAUGAUGGGGUCCCUCCUUU